AUAUUCUACAAAUCUACGAAAUAUUUUUUAGUCUAUGGAUUACGUUAUCACCCGAGUGUGUGGUGUUUUGUAGCAAAUUAUAAUUUUCCUUAUUAUUUCCUCAAAAAACAAACAGUUUCAAAGCUUGCAAUUUUCUUACCAUAUAUAUGUGUGAAAUCAAUAUAUAUAUUCACAUUUCAAUUCCAAUAAUGGAGUUUCUAUAGUGAAAUAGUUCUCAUGGAGUGCCGAUAUCAAUCUAUCUUUUUCGAAAAUAUGUGGAAAUAUGUCACGCGACGGUUUCGGGAUACGUUGGAGCGGGGUGCCAAUCAAUUCGAUAGAUGCAGCUCCACCGUAGUCGGUAAUGGUGCUGUCAAUUUUUGCGAGGAGAAAAAUGACAGUCCACCUUGGUGGCUAUCAAUGCGUAGUUCUGAAUCCUAUCAGAACGAGAAUGAGCCGAACCAUCAAGAAUGGGGUCCCGAACAUCAAGAGAGAAAUUGGAUGGGUGCCAUAACAUGGGAAAAUGGUGUGAACAUAAGUGAAAACCCGGAGAUACAUGCAGGCCCACCCUGCAAGUGGCUAGCACUCCGCAAAAGAUUUGAGUCCCACCAAGAUGAAAAUGGCCCAAAUGACCACAAGUGGAACUUUGGACAUGGAGAUGGGCCAUGGUCGUGGGGAGGCAAGCCAUGGGAACAUGGUGCCGAAAAGGGAGGUGAAAACAAUAUGAAGAAGCCAGGGCCUCCGUCUAAAUGGCGUGGAUUCCGCUGCAGGUCUUUCCAGAAAGGGGAAGGGCCAGAUGCCGAGAAAUGGAAGGAACAUCGAGCUAGGAUUGCGAAAAUGUGGAUGGAUCCCAAAAAAUGGGAAGAUCGCAUGAAAGAACUUCAUGAAAGAGAUGGGAAACAUGUUGGUCCACCUCGUAAGUGGCAUGCACUUCGCUGUCAAACAUACCAAAACGAGAAUGAAAUGAAAUGGAGCAUUGACCACCCAGAGAAAACUUGGAUGAGUCCCAGAUCAUCGGAUAAUCAAUUGGAAACAAUAAAGGAAAAUGAUGAAGAAAAUGCCUCCAGUAAGUGGCUUCAACUUCGCAAAUGUUGCAAAUCAUACAAUGAUGACAAAGGCACUAAUAGCAACAAGUGGGGCUUCCAACACCUGAACAAGUCCUGGGUGGAUGCUAUAACAUGGAGUGGUGCAGCAGUUUUGGGAUGGUAUACUAGUCAAAUUAUACAUUUCAAAGUGAAGCAACAUUGCAGGAUUCUUGACCUUCAAGAGAAAGCAUGCGCCCCUGUAAACAACUUGGUGAAUUCUGUCCAGCCAUUCUUGUCUAGUGUAAACAAAAAUGACUUUUAUGUUGAAUCCAUUUCCAAAAUUGGGAAGAUGUUCUCUGAAUUUACUCCUACUGUAUAUUUGAUGCCUAAUGACAGUGAGAAAGACUUCAAAGAGUUGUCUAAAGUUUCGAUCAAAGAGAAUGUAUCUGAGAAAACAAGUGUAACAAGAACUCUCAGUAACUCCACCUCUGAAACAUCUGAUGAUGACUUGGGUGAUGUGCUGAAUUCUAUUGAAAACAGACUAGGCUUAGCGGCCAUUGAGAGUGGACACUAUCAAGAUGGAUUAAGUUUACUAAGAUCUGCAGCUGAACGUAACCAUGCUCCAGCCAUUUAUAAUUUAGGGUUGUGCUAUGAAAAGGGAUUAGGUGUAACUGCUAAUGAAAAAACGGCAAUGGAGCUAUACAAGUCGGCCGCAUCACUGGAUCACCCUGAAGCUCUAUACAAUCUGGGUAUUUACUACGGACAAGGUCGAGGCGGACUCAAGGCUGAUCAGGAAACUGCGAUACGUUUGUUGCGUCUUGCCGCAGUGCAGGGACAACAGGCGGCAGUCGAGGCUCUGAAGUAUCUCAACGUGAGUAUUUCUGAGCCGCGGCACAAAGACGUGAAUACAUGGACUUACGACAAACAUUCAGAUUUUACAACAAACCCACAAGUUCCAACACCAAGCGGAAUGUUUGUCGAAAAUAUAAAUUACCUGCAGGCAGCUGUUUGAGGCUGCGAUGGCAUUUUUAUAUUUUAAGUUGGUGGUGGAUGAUUUUGUAUCGCGUACAUACACCUUAAUUAGUUGCUAAGUUACAAUACACGCAAAGCGUGAAUAUACCGAGUAAUUAAAUUACAUGGUCAUUAAAAAGGGGGUGUCACAUUGUAUUUUUUAAGAUGGAAUGUUUAAGUUACUAAUUAUCCCAUACUUUUUUUUAUGUAACAAUGUUGUUUUAGAAUUUUUUUUAGGAUUGUAAUUUACAUUGAGAAUGUUUUUUCUGACUUUAUAAUGUUAGACAGAUAAAGACAAAUGUUUGCUUGCAAUUUAUUGAGAAACACCUACCUACUUUACCAUUCUAUGAAAUUCUGUCAAAGAUCAAAUUAUUUGAACAUAUUAAAAAUUAAGUCUUAUUUCGGUCGCGAACCCGGACCGAGUUAGCGUCCUACAUUUUAAAACAACUAGUCUUGCAUGUGUAGACCACUUACCUCGUCAAUACGGUGUUACUCUAGGAUUUGAAGAUUGUACUUGAAUAAUAACGGGAUACUUACACCAAGUUCUUAAUAAUACAACAAAGUAUUCAUUAGAAGUGAUUUAUUUCAAAUGAAUGUUUAACGAUAAAUCAUUCAAGUUGUACUAAAUAACGAGCGAUAAGGCGGUACGUUUGUUAUUUAGUUAGUACGAUCAGAGUAACUCGACAAUCAUAUUUUUACUAUUUAUGCAACAGCAAUAAACAGCCCUUUGCGACGCAUAAGGAUCAACACUGCAUUUAUCGCGACUAGUAUCAAAUUAUUCAAAUCAAUUUACUAAAUAAAUACGUAUUACAUACUGCUAAUGGAUGAAAAGCAGAAAAGAUGUAAAUGUUUUGGUAGAAACUUAUCUUACUUCUCUCAUAUCGACUCCAGAAUUUGAUAAUCAGUCGGUGAGACAAGAAGAAUUAAGUUAGGACGGCUGAAUAUGUUAGUGUGGUUGAUCACCCAUAAGACCCAUACUAAAAUAUUGGCAGCUACCAAAAAUUACGACUUUCUGAUUACAGUGAAAAAGAAAAUACUUUUUAAACUUUUCUUUCUUCUUUUAAACAUAAUUAAACUUUUCAUAUAUCUAAAAAAUUGUAACAUCUUAUAGAAAAGUAGGUACUACAUAAGUGUUUAAUUUUAGCGGUGUUGUUCCUUAGGCGACGUAUUAAAUGUUGUAUGUACAAUUAACAUCCAUUUACUAUAUUCUUUUGUUUUGUAUUUGUAGCUUCACCACAAAAAUCCGCCUAUCUUGUUCCUUAGUUUUCGAGUAUUAACUUUAUUUCGUAACUGUUUCAAAAUGACACAAAAUAAAUGCUUCAGUGUAAUAUAUGUGAUUAUUAUUGUAAUCACUGCAUAUGUAAUUUAUGAAAAUCAAUAAAAAAAUGUAAACUUAA